AUGCCGAACAAAACUAAAAAGGACAAGGAUGCACCCAAGACGAAAGGAAACAAGAGCGGAGGCCAAGAGAAUUCGGAGCACGAGAGCUCCAACAGGAAGAACAGUAACAGUGCCCCUCCCACCACUCAGUUGCUGAAGGGGAAGCAGCCGGGACCCCAGACCCCCCUGAAGAAGGACAAGAGGCAGAGCUCAUCACGCUUCAGUCUGAGCAACAACCGCGAGCUGCAGAAACUUCCAGCCUUCAAAGCCGCUCUUCCCCCCCUCGCACAAGACUUCCGACCCGCUAACAUGGUGAUGGAAAAUAGCAGCUCCAGUGGGCCCUUUCAGCCUCUUGAGCUUGUGCAUUUUAGAGACGUCCCGCUGGCCGAGCAGGAGAAGCUGUUCAUCCAGAAGCUGCGUCAGUGCUGCGUGCUCUUUGACUUUGUGUCCGACCCGCUCAGUGACCUGAAAUGGAAGGAGGUCAAGAGGGCAGCGCUCAGCGAGAUGGUGGAGUACAUCACCCACAACCGCAACGUGAUCACAGAGCCCAUCUACCCCGAGGUGGUGCACGUGUUUCUGGUGAACAUGUUCAGAGCGUUGCCGCCGUCCUCGAACCCCACCGGAGCAGAGUUUGACCCAGAAGAGGACGAGCCCACGCUGGAGGCUGCAUGGCCACAUUUACAGCUCGUUUAUGAGUUCUUUCUGCGGUUCCUGGAGUCUCCAGAUUUCCAACCAAACGUAGCCAAAAAGUAUAUCGACCAGAAGUUUGUAAUGCAGCUUUUAGAAUUAUUUGACAGUGAAGACCCGCGGGAGAGGGACUUUCUAAAGACCACACUGCAUCGAAUCUACGGGAAGUUUCUGGGCUUAAGGGCUUAUAUUAGAAAACAAAUAAAUAACAUUUUUUAUAGCUUUAUUUAUGAAACAGAGCAUCAUAAUGGAAUAGCAGAAUUACUGGAGAUUUUAGGAAGCAUUAUAAACGGUUUUGCGUUGCCGUUAAAAGAGGAGCACAAAAUAUUCCUGCUGAAAGUCCUCCUCCCUCUCCAUAAAGUGAAGUCCCUCAGCGUCUACCACCCGCAGCUGGCCUAUUGUGUGGUGCAGUUCUUGGAAAAGGACAGCACGCUCACAGAACCGGUGGUGAUGGCGCUGCUGAAGUACUGGCCAAAGACUCACAGUCCCAAGGAGGUGAUGUUUCUGAACGAGCUGGAGGAGAUCCUGGACGUCAUCGAGCCCUCGGAGUUUGUGAAGGUGCAGGAGCCGCUCUUCAGGCAGCUGGCCAAGUGUGUGUCCAGCCCACACUUCCAGGUGGCCGAGCGAGCACUUUACUACUGGAACAACGAGUACAUCAUGAGUCUGAUCAGCGACAACGCAGCCAAGAUCUUGCCCAUCAUGUUCCCUGCUCUCUACCGCAACUCCAAGUCCCACUGGAACAAAACAAUCCACGGCCUCAUCUACAACGCUCUGAAACUCUUUAUGGAGAUGAACCAGAAGUUAUUUGACGACUGCACGCAACAGUUUAAAGCGGAGAAAAGCAAAGAAAAAGCCAAAUGGAAAGAGCGUGAAGAAGCCUGGCUCAAGAUAGAAAACCUUGCAAAGUCAAAUCCACAGUUCCUGACGUAUAUCGACUGUGGAUCAGGAAGUCCCAUGGACCUGGACACAGACCCCGUCUUAGACGAUGUCAAUCUGUUAAAGAAAACUGUACAGGAAGAAGCCACACAGCCUUCUAAAGACCACCGGAAAGAGCGCCCGCUGAUGAGGAGGAAAUCGGAGCUCCCCAAAGACAUCUCCACAGUGACGGCCAUGGAGCUGCACAGGCGAGCGGAGGAGAUGAUCACGCAUGACGGACACUAG